AUGCCUGCUCAUCUUGUUAUCCCACCAUGCGAGCAUAAUCCCGCUCAUCCAAAUCAUCUCCCAUCGUAUGAGAAACCUCUUCGUAUUCAGAUACUUGGCACAAACAGUCUCAUUGAUCAAGUAUUCGAAGAUGGCAUACAUAUGCCCUCCCAGGAACGGCCCAUUGUAUCCCCAGUCGAUUUUGACGAGGUGGGCAUUCGCUUCGCAAAGAUGGCCUUUAAGCAGCUCUACCGCCGGGAUGUAGAUCCUAACAACUCAUCCGACUUCGUCCCACGAUAUCAGUACCACAUGUAUCGGGGAAAACGCGGAGAGUGCCAGCCAUGGGAACACACCAUCGAAGGGUAUGGGAUCACCUUUGACCAUUGCGUCCCUGAAGACGAUGACGAUCCUGAGACCUUGAUGAUCAAUGUUUGCGGUCCAUCUGAUUCCCAAAGCGCAUCAUAUUAUAGUCUGGAUCUGGGUGUAUACAAAACCAGCCCAGCGACUGUAUUGCUAGUCCCUCGAUGCUGUCAACUAAGAAAAGGAACUACUGACCGCAAGGGAAUCAAUGAUCAAGUCAGGGAAGCAAAGAAGACCAACUGA